AUGGCGAUCUUCGAGAAGUGUAUCGUCGAGAGAGUUAAUAAAUCUUUGAAUACCAUUACAUUACAAGAGAAGUUAUUGCAACCACUGGAGAGUGUGUACCUUAACCUCUCCAUAGUACAAUUCUCGAAGAGUCUCGAUCGUGUGCUUUACACCUUUAAGAACGUAGACGCAUGUAGUUUCUUGAACAGACGUCGAAAUCCCGUCAUAAGAUUAUUGUACGAAUACAUGAAAACAUUUAGCAAUGUGAAUCACAGCUGUCCAUUCCGGGACUACAUUUAUUUGCGCAAUUUUGUAGUUCACAAUGUGGAUAUAGGACGUCUGCCAAUACUAAAGGGGGAAUAUGGCGUCAUGUCGUCUUGGAUACUUAAUGGCAUAGGUUUUACGGAGAUUAAUAUUUUUGGAGUUUAUGAUUAA